AGGGGUUAGUGUCCAUCUUGUGCAAACCACACGCCGACCGUCCCCUCUGCCUUGCAAAGAAGCUCAGAGCAGCUACAUCAAUGGCGUCCAGAGCAGCGGCGGCCGUGGCCGUCCUGGCCUUGGUCUGCGCCGUGCAGUCGUCCCUCUCGGCCGCGGCCGUCCCGGGCCUGUCCGCUGCCUUCUACAAGACGUCCUGCCCCCGCCUGGAGCAGAUCGUUGAUAAACACGUGACGGCCACCUUCAAUGGUGACCGCGGCGUGGCGCCCGCCCUCAUGCGCAUCCUCUUCCACGACUGCUUUACACAGGGCUGCGACGCGUCGGUGCUCAUCAAAGGCCCCGGCAGCGAGCGGGAAACCGGACCCAACCGGACGCUCCGUCCCGUGGCGCUGGACCUCAUCGACCGCAUCCGCCGCGAGGCGAACGCCACCUGCGGACAGGUGGUCUCCUGCGCCGACAUCACCGUGCUGGCCACCCGCGACGCGCUGGUCAAGGCCGGCGGCCCCCGUUUCCCCGUCGACCUAGGCCGGCGUGACUCCUUCGAGCCGGCGACGCAGCAGGUCGGGCUGCUGCCGUUGCCCUCCGACGACGUGGACGGGCUCAUGAGGUCCUUCCGCGGCCGCAACCUCAACAGGGACGACCUGGUCGCCCUCUCCGGCGCGCACACCUUCGGCGUCGCCCACUGCGGCGUCAUCAGCCCCCGGGUGAACUCGGCGAACAAGACCCCGCUGAUGGACGCGCAGUUCGCCAAGGACCUGCAGGCCAAGUGCAAGACCGACAACCCCGCCGUGACCCAGGACCUCGACGUGCUCACGCCGCACGCCUUCGACAACAAGUACUACGAGGGCCUCAACCAGAGGAAGGGGCUGUUCAAGUCCGACCAGUUCCUCGUCGACCACCCGGAGACCAGGAACCUGGCCUUGACCUUCUCCAGAGACCAGGUCGCCUUCUUCAAGCAGUUCGCCAUAUCAAUGACCAAGAUGACCGAGAUGAACGUGCUCACCGGCAAGCAGGGCGAGAUCCGGGCCGAAUGCUCUGUCGCAGGCAGGCGCCCCCGCAUCGAGGCGGCCGCCGCCGCCGGCGACGAGGGGGUAAAGGCCGACAUGUAACCGUGUGUUUAGGCACGCGCGGUGGCUUUAGUUUGUGUGUUUCGUUUGAGUGUUCGUGUAGUUAAUAACUAGCGGCCGGUUCAUAUCAUAUGCAUCCUAGCAUAGGAUCGAUCGACCGAUGGAGGUUCGUUUUGAGACUCCGGUGUAAGGGCAUUGUAAUGUCAUUUUUAGAUUUCCAACAACGUAAUGUCAUUUUUAGAUUUCCAACAA